GGAGGCGGACGCAGGCGGACCGGCGGGUACUGGGAGCUGAGCGGCAAGCAGUCCCCGCGGGUCUGUGAAGGAGGUCGGUGGCUUCAGCGGGCGCUAGGCAGCUGUAAGAAAAAAUAGAAAUCACUUUUGACUGUACUGAAUAGCAAAAAUUAAGUGAUUUACUCUACUCCACACCAUGGCACUAUCAUUCCGGAAGGACUUAGAAAAGUACAAGGACCUCGAUGAAGAUGAACUCCUUGGGAAUCUAUCAGAAGUAGAGCUGAAACAACUAGAAACUGUUCUGGAUGAUCUUGACCCUGAGAAUGCCCUUCUGCCUGCAGGAUUCCGGCAGAAGAACCAGACAUCAAAGUCUGCCACAGGGCCAUUCGAUAGAGAACACCUCCUUUCAUACCUGGAGAAGGAAGCUUUGGAGCAUAAGGACAGGGAAGACUAUGUGCCCUACACUGGAGAAAAAAAAGGGAAAAUAUUUAUCCCUAAGCAGAAACCUGUACAGACUUUUACAGAAGAAAAAGUAUCUCUUGAUCCAGAGUUAGAAGAAGCUUUGACAAGUGCUUCUGACACAGAAUUGUGUGACCUCGCAGCUAUUCUUGGGAUGCACAAUUUGAUAACGAAUACACAGUUCUGCAAUAUAGUGGGAAGUAGUAAUGGUGUUGACCAAGAACAUUUUUCAAAUGUGGUAAAAGGUGAAAAGAUCCUUCCAAUACUUGAUGAGCCCCCAAAUCCAACCAACGUUGAAGAGAGUUUAAAGAGAAUUAAAGAAGAUGAUGUUCGUCUUGUUGAAGUUAAUUUGAACAAUAUAAAGAAUAUCCCAAUUCCAACCUUAAAGGAUUUUGCAAAGGCUUUGGAAACCAACACCCAUGUGAAAUAUUUCAGUCUUGCGGCCACCCGAAGCAAUGACCCCGUUGCAGCUGCUUUUGCAGAUAUGCUAAGAGUGAACAAAAAUUUGAAGAGCUUAAAUAUGGAGUCCAACUUUAUUACAGGAGCUGGGAUUCUAGCACUGAUGGAUGCUCUGAGAGAUAAUGAAACCCUGGCUGAGCUCAAGAUUGACAAUCAGAGGCAGCAGCUGGGGACAGCUGUAGAAUUGGAAAUGGCCAAGAUGCUUGAGGAAAAUACCAAUAUCCUUAAAUUUGGAUAUCAGUUUACUCAACAGGGACCUCGAACCAGGGCAGCUAAUGCUAUAACAAAAAAUAAUGACUUAGUUCGCAAGAGGCGAGUUGAAGGAGACCACCAGUAAGUCCACCAGGUAUAAUCUGUGGGAGACUUUGAAGCUCACCAAGGCCUCCUGUUGUGAUGUCAGAUAAUAACAUUUUCCUGGGUAGAAGGGAAAAGACUGGAAAUCUUUUUUUUUUUUUAAACUACAUGUAUCUUUUCUAGUUUAAGUUGUUACCAAUUUUAAAUUGUAAAAUCAAUAGUAGAUAUUUUGUAUUCUAAAGCAGUAUUUCUACUUUCUACUAAAAUCAGUUUUAAUUUAGCUUAAUUAAAUGGUUUAUGUUAAGUCUUGGGUUAAAAAAAACACAAUUGUACAGAGUUUAGAAAGUCAUUUAUGUAUUAUGAACAUUUUUAAGAAACAAUCUUUUUUAAGUCAAAAAAGGGACAUUGCCGAUGUCAGAAUUGCUGUUGCACCUCUUAGGUACAAGGCACAUCAAAACUUUCCUUAUUCAUGGCAUGGACACUUUUUCCAUGGUUCAGAACACAUAAACUUGGCAAGACUGUGUCUUUUGUUACUAGCAAAGCAAACGCCAGCAUUUUAAAACAGGCUACUCAAAAUCUAGUCGUGUUUUGGACCAAAGCCGA